UCACGUGACACUUGCGGGCUCCGCGCCUCCUUCCUAUUGAUCCCUUUCCUUCUCUGUGUCUCUCUCUCUCUCUCCAAGGCGAUUAGGACGCGGAGCGACUAUGGGCGAAGAGGCAAGGUGCAGCCAGCUGCUGGGAGAUGAUGUCCUCAUGCAAGAGCUGGGGCAAGAGAGGCAGAUGAAAGAAAUGCUAGAACACUCAGUCUUUGAAAUGAAAAAUACGGUAGCGCAGCUGGAAAAAAGGCUCAACAGUGUUGAGGAUGAAGACAAUGAAUGGAAAACCAGAUAUGAAACCCAAAUAGAAUUGAACAGACAGUUGGAAAGACAGAUUGGACUUCUCCAAGGAAAGAUGGAACAUGUUCGUGGCAGCCCAACAGACAGAUUGGCUUCUGUUCGUUCCUUUGAUCAGAUGCACAUGGAUUCAUUAAAUCAAUUUCUCAAAAAACUGGAAGAGGAGAAGAAACAUCUCCAGAACCAAUUGAAAGAUUAUGAGCUCAGACUACAGCAAGAAGCAAAGGCUUAUCAUAAAGUGAAUGAUGAACGCCGUGCGUACUUAACAAUGAUUUCACAAAUAUCAAGAUCCCUGAAACCAUUCGAGAGGCAGAAAAUGGAGGCAGCAGAUACGAAGAGGGAAAACCAGCUCCUGAAAGGAAAAUGUAAUAUUCCAAGAAAUCAAAGAAUAUUGGACCCAAAGAAAGGACCCAUUAAAAAGACGGCAGGAGUGAAGCAACUUCCAAAACUGAAGCUCUGAUAUCUUAAUUCAUUGUUUUCUAUUCUCUUAAUUAUUCCUUUUCCAAGUAGGAAUUAUAGUAAAGUAGAAAAUAUUUUAAAUCAUAAUAUAUUAAAAUAAGCAUCUUCACACUAAUUAUGCUUAAGAUUAAAUUCUGUGUAAAUGCUCAUAUACCUCUGUGUCUGUACCAUCUGAUUUGCAAUAUAUUUAUCAGAGUACUAUGUGCAUUUAUUGGCGAAAUCUGCAGUUUGUGAUGGGAUCUCUGCCAGGUUACUCCUUUCCUUUCUGAACUGGUUCAAGACAUGGGUGAAUUAGUAUGUUUGAAAUGAAUUAUCCAUAAUAUGUGGGUGACAUCCUGUAUUGGGCAGAAGAAAAUUGCACACCACAUCUUAGAUCCAAGAUGUCAUGCAAGACAUCAAAACAUUUCAACACAUAUGUAGGCUUGCUGAUCUCUUUUUAAAGAACAUGAAUCACACUAAUCACAUGUGCCGAGUUACUA